CAAGGAGGAAUGACCAAGAGCAAUGACUCCAGCACAGUGAAAGAGUUCAUCCUGCUGGGCUUGACACAGCAGCCAGAGCUCCAGCUGCCUCUCUUCUUCCUCUUCUUGGGAAUCUAUGUGGUCUCCAUGGUGGCAAGCCUAGGCCUGAUUGUUCUGAUUGUUUCGAAUCCUCACCUGCACACCCCCAUGUACUACUUUCUCUUCAUCCUUUCUCUUAUUGAUCUCUGCUACUCCUCUGUCAUAACUCCCAAAAUGCUGGUGAGUUUUGUGAAGCAGAACAUCAUCUCUUAUACUGAAUGCAUGACUCAGCUCUUUUUCUUUUGCUUUUUUGUUAUUGGUGAAUGCUACAUUUUGACAGCCAUGGCCUACGACAGAUAUGCUGCCAUCUGUAAGCCCCUGCUUUAUCAGGUCACCAUGUCCCGUCAUGUCUGCCUCUUGAUGACGGUGGGUGUAUAUGUGAUGGGGUUUGUGGGUGGCAUGGCCCACAUAGUUUGCAUGCUGAGGCUCACCUUUUGUGAUGGCAACAUCAUUAAUCACUACAUGUGUGACAUACCUCCACUCCUGAAGCUCUCCUGUACAAGCACCUCCAUCAAUGAGCUGAUGCUUUUUAUUGUUGUGAGUGUCAAUGUAACAGUGCCCUGUAUGGCUAUCUUUGUUUCUUACACCUUGAUCCUUUCCAACAUCCUCAGCAUCCAUUCUGCAGAGGGUAGGUCAAAGGCCUUCAGUACCUGUGGCUCUCAUGUUAUAGCUGUUUCUUUUUUCUUUGGAGCAUUAGCCUUCAUGUAUCUCAAACCAUCUAAUGCAUUUGGGGAUGAUGACAAAGUAUCAACCAUUUUUUAUACCAUUAUGGGCCCAAUGUUGAAUCCUUUUAUCUACAGUAUAAGGAACAAAGAUGUCCAUGUUGCACUGAGAAAAACUUUGAAUAAAAGGAUGUUUAGCUAA